GGAUGCUGCCGCCCCUUCCUCCCCUGCGGGCUCGGGCUCCCGCACACUUGGGCUCCAGCCCGUGAGAUGCCCCAGUGCCGCUCGUCUCCCUGCAGCAGCAGCCGCCGCCGGAGCCCGGGCACCUUCCCCGCCUUCCCCCGCUCGGCGCCAGCCUGAGCCGCGCCGGGGGGAGCUGUCCCCUGCCCCAGCCCGCCCCGAGGGGAGCUUGGCGCGGGGCUGCCAUGGGCGCGGGGCUGGACGGCGCGGCUGCCCGCUGCGGGCUGGGACUGGGAUACUUACUGCAAAUGCUCGUGCUACCUGCCCUCGCCAUCCUCAGCGCCAGCAGCACCGGCUCCGCCGCGCAAGAUGAUGACUUUUUCCAUGAACUUCCAGAAACCUUUCCAUCUGAUCCUCCAGAGCCUUUACCCCAUUUUCUUAUUGAACCUGAAGAAGCCUACAUUGUAAAGAACAAGCCUGUGAAUCUGUAUUGCAAGGCCAGCCCUGCCACCCAGAUCUAUUUCAAGUGCAAUAGUGAAUGGGUUCAUCAGAAGGACCAUGUGGUGGAUGAGAGAGUAGAUGAAACUUCUGGUUUGAUUGUUCGAGAAGUCAGCAUUGAGAUUUCCCGUCAGCAGGUGGAGGAACUCUUUGGACCAGAAGAUUACUGGUGCCAAUGUGUUGCUUGGAGCUCUGCGGGCACUACCAAAAGCCGAAAGGCCUAUGUUCGCAUUGCAUAUCUUCGGAAGACUUUUGAACAGGAACCCCUGGGGAAAGAAGUGUCUUUGGAACAGGAAGUCCUGCUCCAGUGCCGUCCACCCGAGGGCAUCCCAGUAGCUGAGGUGGAGUGGCUGAAAAAUGAAGAGGUGAUUGAUCCUGUUGAAGACCGGAAUUUUUACAUUACCAUUGAUCACAACCUAAUCAUCAAGCAGGCACGUCUUUCUGACACAGCCAAUUAUACCUGUGUAGCCAAAAAUAUUGUUGCCAAGAGGAAAAGUACUACUGCUACUGUCAUUGUCUAUGUCAAUGGUGGUUGGUCUAUAUGGACUGAGUGGUCAGUGUGUAACAGUCGCUGUGGGAGAGGUUAUCAAAAGCGCACAAGGACCUGCACCAAUCCUGCCCCACUCAAUGGUGGUGCCUUCUGUGAGGGCCAAAGUGUCCAGAAAAUAGCUUGCACCACUCUCUGUCCAGUGGAUGGCAGAUGGACAUCAUGGAGUAAGUGGUCUACCUGUGGGACGGAGUGUACACAUUGGCGCAGGAGAGAAUGCACAGCACCGGCACCAAAGAAUGGUGGAAAGGACUGCGAGGGUCUUGUCCUGCAAUCCAAAAACUGCACAGAUGGCCUCUGUAUGCAGAGUUUCAUUUAUCCUAUUUCAACUGAACAGAGAACCCAGAAUGAAUAUGGAUUUUCUUCUGCUCCUGACUCAGAUGAUGUAGCUCUCUAUGUAGGCAUUGUGAUAGCCGUCUUCGUGUGCCUGGCUAUUUCCGUGAUUGUGGCACUGUUUGUAUACCGGAAGAACCACCGUGACUUUGAGUCAGACAUUAUAGAUUCCUCAGCAUUAAAUGGUGGAUUUCAGCCUGUUAAUAUCAAGGCUGCAAGGCAAGACCUCCUGGCAGUGCCACCAGACCUCACAUCUGCUGCAGCCAUGUACAGAGGUCCUGUCUACGCUUUACACGAUGUCUCUGAUAAAAUUCCCAUGACCAAUUCUCCAAUCCUUGAUCCACUGCCUAAUCUGAAGAUCAAGGUCUAUAAUACCUCAGGCGCAGUCACCCCACAGGAUGACCUGUCUGACUUCUCAUCCAAGCUGUCCCCACAAAUUUCUCAGUCUCUGCUGGAGAAUGAGACACUGAACAUGAAGAACCAGAGCCUUGCUCGACAAACAGACCCAUCAUGCACUGCUUUUGGGACCUUCAACUCCCUAGGGGGUCACCUGAUUGUUCCCAAUUCAGGAGUAAGUCUGCUGAUCCCUGCAGGAGCCGUUCCCCAGGGGAGAGUUUAUGAAAUGUAUGUGACAGUUCACAGGAAGGAGAACAUGAGGCCACCAGUAGAAGACAGUCAAACCCUUUUGACCCCAGUGGUGAGCUGUGGGCCCCCAGGAGCACUGCUGACACGGCCUGUCAUUCUAACUAUGCACCAUUGCGCAGAGCCAAACACAGAGGACUGGAAGAUACAGCUGAAAAACCAAGCAGCUCAGGGCCAGUGGGAGGAUGUGGUGGUUGUUGGGGAAGAAAACUUCACGACCCCAUGCUAUAUUCAGCUGGACUCAGAAGCUUGCCAUAUCCUGACAGAAACACUCAGCACCUAUGCCUUGGUGGGACAGUCGAUCACAAAAGCAGCAGCAAAGCGGCUCAAACUGGCCAUCUUUGGGCCAGUGUCCUGCUCAUCACUGGAAUACAGCAUCCGAGUCUACUGCCUGGAUGACACUCAGGAUGCCCUUAAGGAAGUUCUACAGCUGGAAAGGCAGAUGGGAGGACAGUUACUGGAAGAACCAAAGGCUCUGCAUUUUAAGGGAAGCACCCACAACCUCCGUUUGUCUAUUCAUGAUAUCGCUCACUCUCUCUGGAAGAGCAAAUUGCUUGCUAAAUACCAGGAAAUUCCCUUUUACCACAUCUGGAGUGGGUGUCAAAGAAACCUACACUGUACCUUUACUCUGGAAAGGUUCAGCCUGAGCACGGUGGAGCUUGUGUGUAAACUCUGUGUACGGCAGGUCGAAGGAGAAGGACAGAUCUUCCAGCUCAACUGUACGGUAUCAGAGGAGCCUACUGGCAUUGAGUAUCCUCUUAUGGAUUCAGCAAGUACCAUCACCACCAUAAUGGGACCCAGUGCUUUCAGUAUCCCUCUCCCAAUCAGGCAGAAGUUGUGUAGCAGCCUCGAUGCCCCUCAGACUAGGGGCCAUGACUGGAGGAUGCUGGCCCACAAACUGAAAUUGGACAGGUACCUAAAUUAUUUUGCCACAAAAUCGAGUCCUACUGGUGUGAUUCUAGAUCUCUGGGAAGCCCAGAAUUUCCCUGAUGGCAACCUGAGCAUGCUGGCAUCAGUCCUCGAAGAAAUGGGAAGGCAUGAGACAGUUGUUUCUUUGGCAGCAGAAGGAAAUUACUGAUGCAGGAGUGGGAUGAACUGGAAGGAAUGGAAACAGGGAGUGGUAUUGCCCUGUCACCUACAAAUAAGAAACAAAAUAAAAACCCGCACCAAUGAGUUUCACAAGACAUAUUUCAAAGAAGAAAAAGCAGCCCUGACUCUCACAUAUGUUCUUCUUGUACAUUAUCACAGGAUUUUAAAAAAAAACAUGCAAAAUUGUACCUUGAAAAUAUAAAUCAACCUAACGUUCCUCUCAGCUUGGCUGUACGCUGCUUGGUACAGGAUUUUACAGUUUCCUAGGAAACGCUUUUUAUUGCUAUCCAGAUAUAUGGAUAAACUUUCUUAACAGUCCCAGUUUCUAUGGACGUUGUUUACAUCAAAUACUGGACAGGGGUAAAGAGACUGUCCAUGGCUCUCUAUAUUUUUGUUUAAAGCCAUUCUAGACAAAGCUGUGGACAGUCAGUUGUGGCUAUCUCAGAUGAUGAAUUUCCAGUCAGUUUCCAGUCACAUUCAGACUUUGGCUACAAAUCCAUGCAUCAAGUAUCUCAAGAUAAUCCUCCCAUCAGCGUUCUGUUUCCUAGACCUAGUUGAAAACCAGAAUUUUAAAUGUGUGCAUCUGGAAAGCAGAUUAUCUGGGUGCUAAGCAGGAACACACAUACCUCUCCCUGCUUUCCCCAGGGGGAUCCCUUGGGUCCUUUGUGGGAAUUAGCUGUAGGUUGGCAGGGAAGAAAGGGAUCCAUUUCCAAAUCACAGUAUAACCCCUACCCCAUUAAAGCACGCGUGUGCGUGUGUUUGUGUAUGCGUGUGUGCGUGUGCAAGAUAUGUAAUUUGGAGUGGUGGAAAAAAUACAUGCAAAAAUAUUGCUAUGAUGCUUAAUUACUGAUUAGUAUCUAGUGCAAGGAUUACUAUUAUUAUUAUUGCUAUUAUUAUUUUAAUUUAGAAUUUUUGUCGGCAGCAGGAUGACUCAUUCAAUUGUUGGCAGAACCUGUUCUCUCCGUUCUUGGGCUGCUGAGGUUCUCAUAAAACACUUCUCUUCCAAUGCCUUUCUCCUUCCCUUUUUCAGCUCUAGUACUCACUUUCUGAGCCCUCUGAUAGCCAGUCAGAAGUGCUCAUGUGAUGUCAGAUCCAACAUUGAUAUCAAUUGGUGUAGCUUCUUUGAACUCAGUGAUGAUUUACACCACCCAGGGGUUUCGUCCCAUAUGCACCAGUUACAGUAAGGUAUAAGUUCUUGCAAUAAACCUGAAGGCCGUUUGCUUGGACAGUAAGUGGCCCACAGGCACUCUGAAUGCCAACUCUGCCCCAUGUCAGUGCUGUGAGUGCACUCUCCCAACACAGUCCCUCUACUUUUCAAAAGCUUUUGUGCAAGAGUACAUAGAGCACUGUUAGUUUCUGCUGGCUUGUGCAUUCAUGCAUGACAUUAGGCAGCAUACAUGUGCAAACCUGCUCUUUCAAAAGGCUCUUCAGAAAGUUAAGGCUUUAGGGUGUAAUUUAGUUAAGAGGUCUUGAGCAUCUGCAUUGCCUGUUGACAUCACAUGGAAUUGUGAGUGCCCAGCCCUCAUGAAACUCAGCCCCUACAUUUAAACCUGUACAAUAAUCAAGGACAAUAAUGGGAACCGAGAAGCCACUCCAUUUAUAUUUCUGGGCAAAACUGUACCCUGAUCUGCAUGGUCACCAAGUGGGACAGGGCAGUAUAGCUAACUGAGUCAUUCUCUGCUAUGCUUUGUCCAGCCUAUAAAUACUCCUCUAGGUUUUCUUAGGAGUUCUUGCUGGAACUCAUUUCCCAUGUAGUUGAACAGACAAACUUGUUUUCAUCCCAUGUCCCUCUUGGCCAUUUUGAUGCAUGUAAACAGCUGAUGUGGAGAACUUGGCAAGUGAAACUUGUUUUCCCAGUUGUUGUUUCUUUGCAGACUUGUUUUGCUUUGUGCUUAGUGUGAAGAGUGACUCCAUAAUACAAUGCUGAGCAUAUCAUUUCAGAAGCUGUUUCUAGCCUUUCCUAUCUUUUGCUUCUCAUGGCAGAAGAGCUUUCUCCCCCAUAUAAAGCCCCAUAGAUAAAUGCAAAUUAUCUAUCUUCAAUUUACAUUUGUCUUUUUUUCUCCUGAAGUUUUCAAGUAUGUAUUUUUAAAAGAAACCUUAAAAUGUCAUUGGUUAAAAUGGAAGGUGAAUUUCAACUGUCCUUUCUCCCAUUUUGACAUUUCCAUAGGCUUUUUAUUCUCAGCUCAGUGACUGUUCUCAGCAGUGUAUUUAUUAAACAGAGAGUAGUGUUCACAAAACGUUCCCUGUGUAGAGGGCAGUCAGUCAGCCACAGACAAGCGGCCAAAUCAGUGUUCAGAUUAGAUCAAAAGGCACAGGUUCUUACUUUCAAAGUGUAACUAUGUUCAAGAUUCAGCUGUUCAUGUGAGUGCAGUCUUUGCCUAUAUGAUCCUCGUCUGCCUGUCCUUUUCAAACGCAGCGCUGUCUUAAUGUGUGAUACAAAAUCCUGUGAAGCCAAUGGGAGUUCUUCCACUGAGUUAAGCAGGCUUUGGCUCAUGAUCUUAGCCUUCCACUUGGCCUGUAGCCUUCUGAAUCUUUUUGCUUCAGUUUGUUCUCUUUACCCACUUUUCUGACACCUUCAUUUCUUGCUCGUUUGGUGGCCUCUCUGCACAGCAGCAACAUUUUUACCAUUUUUCUUACUCUGUUCUUCCCCCAGUUCUCACAGAAAAGUGUGCCAUAGCAGAGUUAACAGAGGAACAGCUUUUGGAUCCAAACAAGUACCUCUCUUUCAUGCUUCUCCACACUUCUUUCCCACUCUCCUGCUUCAAUACUCUUCCAGAUCUGAUGAUUUGUUGUCUCUCAGAUCCUUGCCUUCUACUGCUAGGAUCCAUCCUUUUUGUAUAACCCCUAAAAUCAUUGAUACACUCUGCAGAGGGGUGUUUGCAUGGGGAAGAAUAUGUGCAGCCUUCUCAUAUGGGUCAUAAGCAGAAGCUUCUGCUAUUCAUAGGUUAUGCUGCAUUAUGCAUACUCUUGGUGCUGGUGCUCCCUUUACCAGCUGUUUCUUCUCAGUUGCUUGACACCUCUUUCAACAAAGAGAAAGGAAAAGGAUUUCUGUAAGAGAUUCUGUUACUGGGUCAGAAUCAUCCAUCAACUGCUUUGACAUUGAUCAGUAUGAAAAACUUAGCUCAAAGUUUGCUGGGUGGGUCUCUCUCCAAAGAAGGUUGUCACUUGUUGGGAAAGGAGACAGUGCCCUAGGCAAGAACUACAGCUGUUUCUAUUCCGACCCAUUUGCCUGGGUAUUUAGCAAUUGGAAAAGACCUUAAAUAAAAUCCAGUUUGAGGAAGAUGGGCCUGUUUUACUGUCAAGCACUAGGGUUCACAUGAUUGUCAAGGUUAUGAUGCUACCAUGCUUCUGGUUAUGGGCCAUCCCAAAUGUUGUACAUGCCAUCGUGAAAAGGGGAGGGGAGCAACAGUAGAGAUCUAUGGACAACAUUAGUAGUGGGUAAUCAGUCAUAGGGCAACUAGACCUCCUUAGAUAACUGGGGACUCAAAGGCCUCCAGGGUCUCACCCAGGCCAGAUUGUUUCUCACUUUAGUUUCCACCUCAGCUUAUGCUUCUGCCUAUAUUACUUCAGUUGUGCCCUUUUUUCUCUUUUUUAUCAAGUAAGACAUAGUGGGAAAAUUUUCCUCUCCCCACUCGAAAGACCUAAGUGGGUCUUCAAUGCCAGAACAUUGUGAUAACAGGUGAAGCUCAAAGACAUCUUUCCAAACCCUGUUGGGACUGUUCCAUGUUCCACAUGGGAUAUAUUGGAAAAUGGGAGAAGGGGGAAAGGAGAGCAAGAAAUAGAAAUUUCUUUACAAAAUUACUUGGUUCUGUGAAGCUAGAAACAGUUCUUUCCUUUUACUGCUUGUACACACUGCCAUCUCGUGGUAAAGUGCGUGAACUUUAGUACUGAUACCACUAGGCCAGUUGAAGAAUAAUAAAGAUGAUCUUAAGUACUACUUGAUGGAAAUACUUUUUUAUGAGGUGGCUGUUUAGAAUGGCAAUGAAGUUUUGCAGACAGCAUGACUCAAGAAUUGCCAUAAGACUUUCGUCAGGUAAUCAACUUGUUUAAAAAAAUGACUGCAGGCUUCUAUCCUCCACUUCUUCACUUCUAUUAACUGCUUCAUAUUUUAGUUGCCCACCUCAGAAUGAUAUGUUAGUACUGCCCAUCACACCAUCUCCUCAUUACAUGUCAGUUGCUGGUGAUAUAAAUAAUAUAUAUAUUAUAUAUAAAUAUAUAUAAAAAUAUCUACAGACUACAAAGAAAAUCUUUAAUUUCUGAUUUAAGAUCACUAUUGGACAGAGUUUUUUUAGCUUAACGUCAUUAAGUUGUUUUGUGUUGUUUGCCUUGUAAAGGUGACUGUCAGUGUAUUUGAUCAGUCCUUUUAUUAGUUUUACAUGCACAUGAGCUGUAUCAUACUGAACAGUAAGAGAGCUGAAGCUUAUUACAAAUGUUGAUAUGUCUGAAGUCAGCAAGGCCUCGUUAGACAGUAUUUGCCUUUGUAGGUGACAGGGGUUGACCAAGACUCUUCUUUCACAUCACCGGCAGAGAUGUAAAUACUCACAGGCCAUGUAGCAGUUCAGGAUGCACACAGAGCAAAGAUAUAUUAGCUUUGGUUUCUUGCUGUUUCUGUUGCUCACGCAUAAAAUGGAUGUACUUAUGCACUGUAAGCCUGUCAUCAUGGCCAGUGUCCUAGUGGGAGUCUUGUCUUGCUACCUGAAAUAGUUUAUUUUCUCUUUUUCCAGGCCCUUCAGGGCAUUAGAAUUCAUUCUAUGUUUUAGCCAAGUAUUGACUACAGCACUUAGGUUACCUUUAUAUAAGAUAAUACUGUUGAGUCUGUUUGAUCCUAUGUUCAGGGCACUUUGUAAACUACUUUACUGAGAAUUUGGAAGUCUUUUCAGGUAUUUUUCUGAACAGUCAGCUGGCCCUGAAGUGACUAGUCACUCGCAGACUAGCCUAGUUCAUGUCAGACUCUACGGGUGCAGGAGGCUUAUGAAUGGAAACUGAGCCAUUGGCCUUUUCCCUGCAAGGGACCACACACGAUAAGGUAUUCACUUCAGGGUCACCUCUGCAGCUAUUUCCAGUCUCUCCUUUGAACCUUAGUUUGCAAAACUUUGUAAGCCGCACUGCAACUUUUUAAACAUUGAACCACAUGACAUUCCCUUCAAAGUGGGGCUUUCACAUGAACACUUGCUUGAAAAGGGGCUUGGAGGUAAUUAAAGGAAAGCUACUGUUGGAGGCCUUUAGCUAUUGCUGACAGAGUUGUAGUAGGUUAAGUGAUUCCUCCCUCCAUCCGUACAGCCUAGCUGCUGCUGUGAAGAUGAUGGCCAGUAUUCAAGGCUGUACCAUCAAUGUAAACUCAGGUGGGCAAAACUGUGGAAGCAGGGGAAACAGCAAUAUUGAUAAUUAACCAGCAAGGAAAUGUAUGAGCUUCUACCAAACCCACUCUGUCUGGUAGUUCGCACUCAUCACUGGAAACAAACUAAUUUACCUAUUGUCUAACCUCAGUAGGGGGCAAAAGGUUUUCAUGUGAAAGUUGUUCUUUUAGCUAUGCCUGUACAAAAGUAUAGAUAUUCCAGAGAUUUCACUCACCUCUACUGCUGAAAGGUUAUUUAGCAUUUUCUAUAAUGUUGGUGAAAUUAUAUAUUAGUGUUUUAGCUCAGCUGCUGUUUACAGAGAAGUUAAUUGUUAUGUGUGUAUUGUACUAUGGACUUGACCUUCUCAUUGAAGGAUGUCCUAUAGUUGUGUCAUCUAGUUAACUUCUUGGUUUCUUUUAAGAAGCAGGAUGCUACAUUUAACAUCACAGGGACAUCAUUCAAAGCAAGACAAAGAUGUCUGGAUAGAUUCAUUCUAAGCUAUGGUUGCCAUGCUGUGGUAGAAUUACAGGUCAUAGCUGAGAGAAGCCUGCAAUUGUAUGCUGGAGUUUGUGUAGUAUCCUUGUGACUAUUUCUACAAAUCUAUGGUAAACCUCAGAUAUUGAAAGGAAUAAUAAAAAUAAAAAAACCCACAACCACCCUGCGAAGUAUACAUAAAGAGAAAAUGUGAGCUACAAUACACACCUUCUCUCAUUUUCUACAGCCUUAGUAAAUCAUCCCUUCCAACAAUACAUUCCAUAUCAUGCUUCAACUACUAACUGCCUCAAAGCAGGGCACAUAACACAAUUAGUAUCAGGACUAAUUAUUCUUCUAGGGAUAUAAUUUGUAUGUUGAACACAUAUGUACGACUUAAUUUACUGAUAUACACACACCUUCCAUUUAAUACAGAACAGUUAUAAUGUCAAGAUCACACUUUAAAUACCUUUCUAAAGCAGGGAGAGGCUUAUAACAAGAAAUGCUCACGCAACCCAGGCUUAGAAGGUGUAUCACAAUUACUGUUUGUGUGUCCCGGCUCCACUACAGAAGUGUUACUUAGGGUUUCUUCUUUCUUCUUUUUAAAUUUCUUCUGCUGUUCAGAAAUGGAGAAGUAUUUUUCUUCAGUUUUAAUUUUCCUAUUGCUGUAUCUUCUAUGCAAUUCCUUUUCUAAAAACUUACUAACAGAGAAGUGCUAGCCAUUGCAUUAUUUGUAUUGCUGUACAGUGGAGGUGUGGUUUACUAGUUGAGUGUGCCUCUUAUUCCCUCUCCCUUUUUUCUCCUUCCCUCUGUUUGUAAAUGCCUGCAUUUAUUCUGUCAGCCUGACAUGUACAAAGUGUAAGAAAGAAUUUUUAAACAGGUAAUAAAUUAUAUUUAUAAGCAACUAGAAAAAAA